AAAAUAGGCGCAACGAAAAGUGAAAGAGAGAGAGGUUGGAGCGAGCCUCUAAAUCCCAUCUCCACUUGGUAGUUAUCUAGCGGAUCGAGUUGGGGUGUGCACAGACAGUAUGCGCGCAUUUCAAAGGGGACGAAACUAACCUUUUCACCUCUUUCGGGAUGUGAAUAAUCUACAAUAUUCGGAUGUUCUUUGGAAUGUACAUUAUUUACAGUGAAUAAUUUGUUUUGUUAUCAACUCAGUAAGCUGCAGAGUAGGCUAGUUAGUCAGCAUAUAGUUUUGUUAAACGGUUUGCAGCCUACGUGCAUUGUAGAGGGUUGACAACCGCGGAUCAGCGGACUGGCACGCGACUCAAGUUGUUUAUAACCUUUGAGAAUUUGAAGGUAGGCUGGGAGGAGUAGCCUAAGUUGGAAACCGGGAAACCCGGGCAAGGUGGGGCCGAACCGAAGGCAGCAAAAGGAAUUAUCGAGUAACUUACGUUGGCUUGAAGAUUUGACCAAUAGCCGAACCACUCGUGGAGAAACGGCGUUUUGGAGAAACAAUCGUUUUAUAGCCGUUGGAAUGUUGUGAUUGGGGAACAUUAAUUCCGAACUGUUUAGUAAUUAGUAUACGCUUCAAGUAGCCCAGGCUACAGUGAACAGAGCCCAUUUGUUUUUACACACAUUAAACGUCAGUUGGUUGUGGUUAUUUGCUUUGGAACAUACGUUUCGGAACGGAUUUCGGGGGAAUUAUUUCCCCAGCCUUGUUGGACCAUGGCGGACGACGACGUACUGUUUGAAGAUGUGUACGAACUGUGUGAGGUCAUUGGAAAGGGUCCGUUCAGUGUGGUGAGGCGAUGCAUCAACAGAGACACGGGACAGCAGUUUGCUGUGAAGAUCGUAGACGUGGCUCAGUUCACCUCCAGCCCUGGACUCAGCACGGAGGAUCUGAAGAGAGAGGCCAGUAUCUGUCACAUGUUGAAGCACCCUCACAUCGUGGAGCUCCUGGAGACGUACAGCUCAGAUGGAAUGCUCUACAUGGUCUUCGAGUUUAUGGAUGGAGCAGACCUAUGCUUUGAGAUUGUGAAGAGGGCAGAUGCUGGCUUCGUGUACAGUGAAGCAGUGGCCAGCCACUACAUGAGACAGAUUCUAGAGGCAUUACGGUAUUGCCAUGACAACAAUGUCAUUCAUCGAGAUGUGAAGCCCCACUGUGUCCUCCUGGCCUCCAAAGAGAACAGUGCCCCCGUGAAACUGGGAGGAUUUGGCGUGGCCAUCCAGCUGGGAGAAUCAGGACUUGUGGCUGGAGGUCGCGUGGGCACACCCCACUUCAUGGCCCCAGAGGUGGUGAAGAGGGAGCCAUAUGGGAAGCCAGUGGAUGUGUGGGGCUGUGGGGUUAUACUGUUCAUCCUGCUGUCUGGCUGCCUGCCCUUCUAUGGCACCAAGGAGCGUCUGUUUGAAGCUAUCUGCAGGGGCAAGUAUAAGGUAUUGAACCCCAGGCAGUGGGGCCAUAUCUCAGAGAGUGCUAAGGAUCUGGUCAGAAGGAUGCUCAUGCUGGACCCUGCUGAGAGAAUCACUGUCUACGAGGCCCUCAAUCACCCCUGGCUUAAGGAGAGAGACCGUUAUGCCUAUAAGAUCCACCUCCUGGAGACAGUAGAACAGCUGAGGAAGUUCAACUCCAGGAGAAAGCUCAAGGGAGCUGUACUAGCAGCAGUCUCCAGUCACAAGUUUAACUCCUUCUAUGGAGACCCACCUGAGGAGUUACCUGACUUCUCUGAAGACCCCACAUCCUCAGGACUUCUGGCAGCUGAAAGGGCUGUGUCUCAGGUGUUGGACAGUCUGGAGGAGAUCCAUGCAUUGACCGACUGCAGUGAGAAAGAUCUGGACUUCUUACACAGUGUCUUUCAGGACCAGCAUCUACACACGUUACUGGACCUUUACGACAAGAUUAACACCAGGUCCUCCCCCCAUAUCAGAAACCCCCCCAGCAAUGCUGUGCAGAGAGCCAAAGAGAGCUCCACCCAAGACGAAGCAAGUGGAGCUUUGAAACACCUUGAAUAUGUACUGGAAGAGAUCUCCUGUUACCCCGAGAACCACGACGUCAAGGAACUCAGACGGAUAUUGACCCAGCCACACUUUAUGGCCUUGCUCCAGACCCAUGAUGUGGUGGCCCACGAGGUUUACAGUGAUGAAGCCCUGAGGGUGACCCCGCCCCCCACCUCACCCUACCUGAACGGCGAGUCGCCAGACAGCACCAACGGCGACAUGGACCUGGAGAACGUGACCCGAGUCCGCUUGGUUCAGUUCCAGAAGAACACGGACGAACCUAUGGGCAUCACGCUGAAGAUGAGCGAUCUGAACCACUGUAUCGUGGCCAGGAUAAUGCACGGCGGGAUGAUCCACAGACAAGGAACACUGCAUGUCGGAGAUGAGAUCAGAGAGAUCAACAGCAUCAGUGUUGCCAACCAGACAGUAGAGCAACUACAGCGAAUGCUGAGAGAGAUGCGGGGCAGCAUCACCUUUAAGAUAGUGCCAAGCUACAGGACACAAGGGUCGUCCUGUGAGCCUAGGGGGACGUUGAAGACGAGAGACUCCCCCUCCAGGCAAUCCCCUGCAAAUGGCACUGGCCACUCCAGUGUUAACAGUUCUAUCUUGGAUCUGCCAUCUACCAUCCAACCCAAGGGUCGACAGAUGGUCGUACCCAGACCUCCAAUCAAGGAUAAAAUGUCCAUCAAGAUCUAUGUGAGGGCCCAGUUUGAGUAUGACCCCUCCAGAGAUGACCUCAUACCCUGCAAAGAGGCCGGAAUUCGCUUCCGGGUGGGUGACAUCAUCCAGAUCAUCAGUAAAGAUGACCACAACUGGUGGCAGGGCAAGCUGGAGAACACCAAGAACGCCACGGCGGGCCUCAUCCCCUCACCAGAGCUCCAGGAAUGGCGUGUAGCGUGUAUCGCCAUGGAGAAGACCAAGCAGGAGCAGCAGGCCAGCUGUACCUGGUUCGGCAAGAAGAAGAAGCAGUACAAAGACAAGUACCUGGCCAAGCACAACGCAGUUUUCGACCAACUAGAUCUGGUCACCUAUGAAGAGGUGGUGAAACUGCCUGCUUUCAAGAGGAAAACACUAGUCCUGUUAGGUGCCCAUGGGGUGGGCAGAAGACACAUCAAGAACACCCUCAUCACAAAACACCCUGACAGAUUUGCCUACCCCAUCCCACACACGACUAGACUUCCUAAGAAGGAUGAGGAGAACGGGAAGAACUACUACUUCGUGUCCCAUGACCAGAUGAUGCAGGACAUCAGCAACAACGACUACCUGGAGUACGGUAGUCACGAGGACGCCAUGUACGGCACGCGGCUUGAGACCAUCCGCAAGAUCCACCAGCAGGGACUCAUCUCCAUACUGGACGUGGAGCCACAGGCCCUGAAGGUCCUGCGGACAGCGGAAUUUGCUCCCUACGUGGUUUUCAUUGCCGCGCCAACCAUCACCCCGGGUAUCAAUGAGCUCCCCAAGUGGUGCAGGAAGCUGCCAGAUGAGUCCUUACAGCGUCUUCAGAAGGAGUCAGAGGUUCUGCAAAAGACCUAUGCCCAUUACUUUGACCAGACCAUCAUCAACAAUGAGAUAGAUGAGACCAUUCGACACCUAGAGGAGGCUAUCGACUUGGUCUGUACCACUGCACAGUGGGUCCCUGUGUCCUGGGUCUACUGAGGACAGUCGGGCCCUGGUUCUAGCUGAGGACAGUUGGAUCCUGGGUUUACUGAAGACAUUGGGUCCUAGGUCUACUGUGGAGAUUGGGUCCCUGGGUCCUUGGUCUGUUAAGGACAUUGGGUCCCUGUUUCAACUGAGGACAAUGGGUCCCUGUGUCCUGGGUCUACUGAAGAUAAGAUGGAACACAUGGCCCUUCUCUCUGUUUUCUCUGGUACACCCUGUGUCCUACUGGGUCCACUUGAUCUCCUCUCUGGCGUCUGAUUGCUCCUCUCCUCCCUGCUCCUUCCUCUCCCCUUCCCUUCCUCCUUUCCCGUCCGCCGGCAAUGCAUCUCUGCAAAAACUUCCAUCAUUCCUUCGGAAAAGAAAAGCACCUCAACCAAUCAGAAACCUCUUUGUACUGCACGUGACCUUCAGCAGCCAAUCGAAAUCCUCUGUGAACUGCAAAUGACCUGCAGCAGCAAAUAUCUCUGCCCUUACAGACUACCUAGCCAUAGUGUUGUGUAAAGAAAGAAACAAAUAAAUAUUGUCAUGUCUGUAUUAGCUAGGAGGUGACAUUUUUAUGUUUGUUUUAAAGAGACAGUACUGUUUUUCCAUCCCUUGUAGUGCUCUGCACCCCCCCCCCCCUUACAUCACCUCUCAUGGAUGUUGUAGUUCUUUGCCUGCACUGCAAAAUGCUAUUAUUGGGUUUGGUUCCAUUCUUUGUUUCUGGGAAGAUUUAAGAGAGGACAACAAAUCCCCACAGCACCUGUAUCUCCUCUCCACACCUCCUUAUUCAUCUGUUACUUUUUAACUCUGUUUUAUCAUAGUGUACUUCAUUCACAUCACUCUCCUUAUUAAUCUCAUAGAUCAGUUCUAUCUUGCUUCAUUUUAAAUGUCAUUAUAGCCACCCAUCCCCUCUCACCUCUGCAAAAUACUGUCUCUUCUAAAUGAAUUCGUAAAUGUUUUAGAGAUUUUAAUGAAAUCUCAUGCAUGUUGGACAUUUGCAAGCUUUCAUGCCGUCUUUCGGUCAGUCAGUCUGUCAGUGUUUUGCUGCUACCUGCUCCCAAACCAACAUUCCACCACCAGGAACGCUCUGCUGACCGAGCGAAGCAAGGGGAGCCAAAAUAACAACCACGAAAAAAAACGUUUACACCUAUGCACAUCCCUUGAUAUUUCAGACAACAUUUCUAAAAACAAAGAUUUUUUUUUGGACCAUGGUAGCGAGAUUGAUGUACUUGUAAAAAAUAAUAAUAAUAAAAAAAUUACAAUUUCAUACUUCACGAAAUCAAGAGGGGAAGAGGGUCAAAUUACAACUCUGGUUCUCGAUUUGCCAUUUCAGAAAUGUGUUGUCUGAAAGUAUUAAUGUUUCAAGUUUAAUCAACACUAAUUUGUAUUCUGCAACUGUCCUGACUGUAUGAAAUGUGCACACCUUGUAAGGUGAAGGCUUUGGCAAGGAAGGGGAGGCAGUUGCUGCAUCUGAAUAACAUGUACAUGAAAUAUGAUGGAUGCUAUGACUGCCCCAGUGUAAAAUACUAUGAAAUCAAGUUCUUCAGCACAAAGUUUUUUUUAAAUAUAUUUCCUUUUAUGUGUUGGAAAAAGUAA